AUGGCUUGCGGUUGGCGUGUGCUUUCAGCCGCUUGCGGGGCAAUCGCGGCAGUCACUUGCCUUCACAGUGGCACCUUUGUGCCAGGGCCCGAGCGCGAUCGCGUCGAGUCGCUUGCUGCAGCCUCCGCUGCCGCGGCGCUCAGCCUUCCCGUGCUGGCGGAUGAAAUCGGCGAAUGCUGCGAACAAGCUCUGCGUCGACUCGCGCGCCUCCGCCAAGGAGGCUCCUGGGAAGUUCCAGCCUCUCGAGGCCUUGAACGCCAUCGACGUCUGAUCGUGAUGGGCGCCCAGGCAGACCCGAAGCGCUUGGAGGCGGCGACGGAGGCCCACCACAAGGCCGUCGGCAGCAUCAGCGGCGCGAGCGGCGUGACCUCGCUGGCCGAUGUGAUGCCUUGA